AUGACGCCCGAAUUCUCGCCACAGCUAAUAAUGAGCGCGGUAAUAUACAUUCACAAUAAUACGCGUGAACUUGUCAAAUGCCGUGCGUUGCUAGACACGUGCGCGACGGCGAAUUUUAUUUCGGAAGCCACCGUAAAACGUUUAAACGUGCAUACGAUUCUACAAAGGACGCCGGUCAAUGCAAUCGAUACUAUGAAAUCCGUCUCGAAGGGCAUAGUACAAAUUACAAUACGCGCGACCCACGACAAUUUUGAAAGAAAUUUAACGUGUUUAACACUGCCGACCAUUACAGAUUUAAUUCCUUCGGAAAUUUUUCCGCGAAAUUCCAUUGAGAUACCUUCGAACAUAAGACUUGCCGACCCAGAAUUCUAUUUGCCACGCCCGGUUGACUUACUAAUAGGCUCGGGCGCCACGCUGUCUUUGUUCUCCGUCGGUCAGAUUAAUUUAUCACGUCACAAUCACGAUCUCUAUUUGCAAAAAACACGUUUGGGAUGGGUCAUUGCUGGCAGCACUCCAUCUCAAAUACCGACAAAAACUUCGACAUCUUACUUAACAAAUUUAGAUAAGCAAUUAACGGAUUUCUGGACCAUCGAGGAAGUCGCGAUCAACAGACCGAAAUCAGUAGAGGACGUUAGAUGCGAAACACAUUAUACAAAUACUACUUCACGUAGAGACGACGGGCGAUACGUGGUACGUCUACCAUUUAACGACUCUAAUAUUCAUAUAGGCGAGUCGCGAUCCGUCGCACUUAAACGUUUAUUGACACUUAAACGCAAAUUAAAUAACAAUUCGGCUUUGAAAAUCGAAUAUACGCGAGUAAUCGACGAAUAUAAAAAAGUAAAUCACAUGUCAUUAGUAGAGUCUCCCGACGACGACGGAUUUUACAUGCCGCACCACGCCGUCAUAAAAAAUUCAAGCAAUACAACUAAAGUCCGCGUCGUAUUUGACGCGUCGGCUAAAUCUACUAGCGGUGUAUCUUUAAAUGACGCAUUAAUGAUAGGACCUACCAUACAAAAUAAACUCUUUGCACACUUGAUUCGAUUCCGUAUAUACAAUUACGUAAUCACGGCGGACAUCGAAAAAAUGUACCGCCAGGUGUUAAUUCACGAUGAUGACCGUCGGUUCCAACGAAUUUUAUGGCGCGAAAAAGGCGAGAUUAAAACUUACCAGCUAAACACGCUAACUUUCGGCGUAUCGUCGUCACCGUAUCUAGCAAUUCGGACCCUCCACCAACUUGCGGAAGACGAAGGUCACUUAUAUCCAAACGCAGCCGAGAUUCUUAAAAACCAUAUGUAUGUGGACGAUUUAUUAACCGGCGGAGGGUCCAUCGAACGGGUUCGAACAAUUAGAGACGAAAUCAUAACGCUACUGUCACGCGGCGGCUUUCCCAUCCGACAAUGGGCCUCAAACGACGCGCGAGCGAUAGACGAUCCCUAA